GCAAGGGCUACACAGAGAAAUCCUGUCUCAAAAAACCAAAAAGCAAACAAACAUUAAAAAACAAAACACAUUAUUCUUAUGUAAUGUAGGCUGGCCUUGAGCUCUUUUUGUAGCAAAGGAUGACUUUGAACUCGUGAUCUUCUUGCUAGGAUUACAGAUGUUCAGCCUCCUCACACAGUGGAGUUUUCUGUUUUUACCCCACUUUGGUUCUGGGGGUGUCUAUCUGAAUUUGGGACCGCAUGCUAGCACUCUUCCUGAUGUGAAAUCCUUCCAGCUCUUGAUGAAAUGUGGCAACUGUGGUGAGAUUUCAGAGAAGUGGCAAUAUAUCCGGCUGAUGGACAGCGUGGCGCUGAAAGGAGGCCGAGGCAGUGCCUCCAUGGUCCAGAAGUGCAAGCUGUGUGCACGGGAAAACUCUAUUGAAAUUUUGAGCAGCACCAUCAAGUCUUACAAUGCUGAAGACAACGAGAAGUUCAAGACGAUAGUGGAGUUUGAGUGCCGGGGCCUUGAACCAGUUGACUUCCAGCCUCAGGCUGGGUUUGCUGCUGAAGGUGUGGAGUCGAGGACAGUCUUCAGUGACAUUAAUCUGCAAGAAAAGGACUGGACAGACUAUGAUGAAAAGGCUAAGGAGUCUGUGGGGAUUUUCGAGGUCACCCAUCAGUUUGUGAAGUGCUGAACUGUUUGCCUGCAGACUCGCCUGUAAGGACUAAGAAGAGACAAAGUGCCCUGAGCAGCAGUUCCCAUGAAGGCUUCUCAUCUCUGCUCUCCUAGAACCUGUACCAAGCCCUCAGUCUGCAUGCCAGGGUUUGCCACAGUUCUAAGUCCCACCAAUAAAGCCCCUGUUGGUGCCACAGUGCUGUGUGAGGGUGGUCUAAGCAAUCCUCCCUCUACAAGUAAGAGUGAGCUCUGGGGGGCUCUGCUUUCUAAUUCCUAUUCUGUACCUGAUGCAAUUUGCACACAGCUUAUAUAAAGGCUCUCCAGCUCUUAAGAAAUAGGCAGGUCAGCCUCCAGGAUCAAAGGCAUGAAGCCAAUGGCACAGAGGGCAGAGAAGCCCAUGGAGAGGUGCUGUGGACCCAGCAACUCCAACCUAAAACACUCCCUGAUCACGGUGGCUUCCAGCAAACCCAGGCACCUCUGUUAGCUGGUCAUUUCACACCCCAGAGCUCACUGCAGAGGCCAGCAGCCCACCCCUGGCACACAUCCAUCCACUCCACAAAAUUCCUGGCUGAUGGCCGUUGACUUGCUGUGAUAGGGUACUUCCUGUCAGAGUUAACAGGAAAGUUCCUCCUGGUGUGGAAUCAGCCUUUGGAGCACCUAUUGCUGGUCCCAACGUGUCCCUGUUCUGCUUGCAGACAACUCUUGGAGUGAAGACAAUAAUCAUGACCCUUUAAGUCUUGUGGAACCAAAGAUCCCAGUACUAGGCAGUGACUAUGUUGUGCCUUCAUACCUGGGGAACCACCAUUUGAGAAACCUGUUUGCACACUAUUUCUCCAAUAUUCUACUGGAAAAAAAAAAGAUUGUAUGUUUUAA